UGUUGUAGGGUGGAUUUUUCUGAUAUUUUCCAUAUUUACCUUGCAAAUAAUUGGGUAUAUAUGGGACAAACUUUCUCUUGAGUUGUGUUACAGUGUUAUGAUGCCCCACUGUGGUUUGCCUCAUGAAGUGGGUUUGUGGUUUUUUAUUUACAGACUUCCAUGCCCUGUAUUUGCCAGGACGUUAUUUAGAUCACACAUGGUGCCACUUUUAGCUGUUGCUACUAAAACAUUUAACUUUUACUACGAUAUUUUUGAAAACCCGUCUUCCAGUGUUUUUUAUUUGGAUUUUAUGAAGUGCGUUUCUGUGAAGAUAUUAGAAAAUCUCGUAGAAACCUUUUGAUGCAAGAUUUCAGUUAAAAAUCUAUUAAAACCGCACGAAGACGCACAUGUUUAGCUGUUUGGGAAAAGGACAAAUUAUUUUAAAUCUUUUCUGGAAGCACUUUCAUAGGGCUAUUUUGUAGAUUGUUUCGGAAAUUGCUGAUAACUGAUGGUGUAAUCUAUGACAUUACAGUGGAAUAUUGUCUCUGCGGCCCAGAAAUUGAGCUAUUGCCGUGUCUUGGCAGUCAUAAGAUUGUUUUCCAGCAGCAGUCUUCAGUCAGAGUCCCCUUCAGGUACAUUGGAAGUCUGACUGCUACUGGAAAUCCUUUCUGCAGACAGCACAAACCUCCUCAAUAACUCUUUGAAGGUACUUGGAUGAUAUAUGAUAUAUGAUUUACAACAUUUAAUUCUCCUGCGGGAUAAAUCAUGUUAAUUGAAUAUUUGCUGCACACCCCUAAAGAAUAUUUUGUAAAACUUAAGCUCAGACACAGCAUUCACUCGGUUUUGGUGCCCAUCUGAAAUCAGUUGUAGUCGCCUAAUUCAUAAACUCAGUCAACUUGUGUGUAAUCUAAUUUCUUCAUCUGUGAAAGGCUUCAGAGUGGUUGGAGAGCAUUACUGAAACGGCUUAACGAAGGCGACACCAAACAGGUCAGAGAUAUAUAAAGUUGGAGAGAGUUAUCAGAUGACAUGCCACGUUUUGAACAGCUAACAGAGCAUCAACAGAAAGUAGAGACUGACGCAAAGUCAAACCUUCCAAGACGUGACCGUCCAUUGAAAGUAGCCCAGCAGCAACUCUGGAGGAGCUGCAGAGAUGCAAAGCCAGUUUUAGGUCCGAAGUCGUUUCAAAAACUUCAAAGCUUACCAAAGUGCUUGCACAGAAGUGUUAAACUGCAAAUACAAAAUGAGGGCACAUAACAGAUGGUAUGGAGCAUAAAAUGUCACAUGUCAAUGAAACGACACCAGCAUGAAGAGCAACGAGAAAAAACAUGCCCACUCUUCUGCACAGGUGGUUCUCUGUAUAUGACAGGAUGUGGUGCAUUGAAAUCUCUCUCUCCACCUCUACUUCUCACUAUCAGGAUGUAAAGCAUGACCGCAGACAGACGCGGUCAAUGCAAGAGCCAUUAAAUAUUCUCUCCUCUGAUUUUGACCGAUCAGAAGUUUAAAAAUUAAAAUUAAAAAUCGGAAAGGCAAGUCUGCUCAUGCCCCGAUGGGCCACACAGAAACAUCCCAUUGGGUUCACAUGACUCCACCGGGUGGGCGGAGGAGUGGAGUGGGGCGGCCGCUCGUCGUUGCACCGUCGUCCUUCCCUCGUCUUUUAACCCCAGAUCUUUUCCAGCUCAGAUCAGUUCGGACAAGAGUCUCUGUCGGUCCGCUUUCUUCUGGAUAUUUUUAGUCGAGUCCGCGGCUUUCUUCGUAGUGUGACAUCCGGGAAACGCGCUCCAACACUCUGCGUUUAAGCUUUUCGAGAAUCCUCUCUCGCUGAGGCCAUGUUUUCCAAGGCCACUGCCAACUUAGUCCGUCAGGUUGAUCCGGAGGGAAGCCUCAUCCACGUGUCCCGAGUUAACGACUCCCACAAACUGCUCCCCAUGGCAAUUGUCGUCAAGCGCAACCGCCUGUGGGCGUGGCAGAGGCCCAAGUACCAGCCGACUGAUUUCACCCUGGGCGAUCUGCUGCAGGGAGACGAGGUGCUCCGGCCCGAAGUAUCUGAGACAGAAUUCCUGGCCUACAAGGGGACGUACCGGGACGAUCACUCCGGGAAGCUGGACACAGAGGCCGGUCCCGUCAACGUCGGCCUGGAGGGACUGGGCUCAUCCAAGCUGGAGUCGAGUUUCGGGAAGCUGAAGAAAGAAGAGCUGGAUGUGAAGAAGCUGUUGAAGGACUCCGACAGCAGGUUAGUGGACAUGCAGCACGUCCUGGUGCAGCAGCUGGAGAAGCGCGCUGAAGUUCUGACGGUGGUGAAGGAGCGCAUCCUCACCACCGACUGGUGCUCCGUCACCAUGACGAAGAAGCAGCAUUGCGCCUUUCAGGGCGUGCUGAGACUGAUGGGCCUGCUGGGGGGCUCCGUGAAGGUGGUUGGAAAGGACGUGAACAAUAUUGAGGUGGACAGCGACGUUUCCUUGGAGAUUCCCUCUGGCACUGUGAUCGCAUACAGCAUUAUGGAGCUGGAGAUCAAAAAGAGCGGACACUACGGCAUAUGCCUGCGACCCAGCGCUAUGGGAGGCUUUGAGAGCGACUCCAUCCCGUUCAGUGGUUCCUUGGACACAGUGGACGGCAGUUCCAAUGGGCACGGGGCUCGGGAAGAUGCUCCUCUCACCGUUUUACACAGUGGAUGGUCGGAUAUGGACCUUUCUCCUCUGGCAGACCUCCCCAGGUCGACUCGGUGUGAGUUGAUGGAGAAGCUCCAAGAGGCUCUUCGGGACAGAUUUGCUCUGUCCUACCUACAGAGUGAGCUGGAGAAGUUGUGCGAUUGUGAAAAAGCGGAGACUCCCAUUAUUGGUGAGAAGAAGACAAUUCCUACAAGUUCACGUGUCCCUGAAUGCUUCCCGACCGGCUUGCCUUCACAUCUACCCUCAGCUUACCUGCUGGUCAGCGCCAUGGAAGAGCUGCCUGAUGAGACGCUGAACAUUUUGAGCAACAGUCCACCUGAUUUUCUGUCAGCGUUUGAUGUGCUGAUGUGCAGGCUGAAGGAGAUCGGUGGGAAUGUGUCCGUCCUGUCCCUGCCUGCACCGCUGCAGGACAACCAGGUCUUCCAGCGGGCAGAGCAGCUGCUGGGCUCCAUCAGAGUGACGCUGAGGAGGGACGCCGAUCGGCUCCGGGUGGAGAUGGAAAACGCGGAUGGGGCUCCGGCUCUGCUCCUCGGCCUCAGCGUACACGGCCUGGCCUUGCUCUGCACCGACGUGCAUUAGUUUACGGCAUCUGAGUCUUUGUUGUUACUUUCUUUUUUGAGCACAUUUAUCUUGUGCAAGCUUUUCAUAUUCCAAUGCUUGAUUUAGUCAUAUUAUCUUUGCUCUUUACUCGGUUUUCCAAUCUGUGUUAUUAAUCCCACAUACGUAUAUUAUUAUUUAAAUGAACUGUUUAUAUUUUUGUACAAGAAGUGAAAAGUUGAUGAAUCUGAAUGGAGGUUCUGAGCAUCAGUCACAAUUUACCGUUAAUCCAGUUGUUUCUGUGUCCAGUUUCAGCUUGCGAUAACUAUUUUCCUCAGUUAUUGGUAAAUCCUGGAAAGCUUGACUAAAAGUUAAUGUGGGAUUUGUCAUAGUUUGAACAGAAUUUGAGAACUGAUUGCUUUCUGACAAAACACAAGAUGAAGAAGCUUUAAGCAGUUUGUUUGGUCUUGUCAGGAGCAAAAGAUGCUGUCAUUUAUAAGCUCUUUUUUAAAAAGAAAAAUAUAUUUUUAUAUUAAUCAGCACAGGCCUAUAUAUUUACAUUUUUCACAUUCCCUGGAUUACUGGUAUUAGACCAUAAAAAGCUACACAGUCUAUUUUUGUUAUUUCCUUUGCCAUAAGUUAAAAGCAAGGUCACGCUUUAAUGUUUAAUGUAAUAUAACUACAUCAGUAAAGUUCCCAUUUGCAAUAAAGGGAACUUUCUAAAAGUUCCCUUUAUUGCAAAUGUAACUCUGUUUUCAAUGUUUCUAGUACAAUACAUAUCUUAUUUUUAAAAAUGUGGAAGACUGUUUUGUUUUCUUUUUUGGAUGCUGGUUAUUUAUUUGUGUU